AUGAUGAUUAACAUGUCUCAAGCAGCAAUAAGACUGAUUAGAACCAGCAAACCUGUCGGUUUCUACAGAGUAUUAUUAAAAUUCAGGAAAACAAGAAAUGUACUACUAUUAUUCCAACAAGUAAAACAUCAAAUUGAAAAUAUAAGACCUGUUUCGAAUAUCAGGUUAAGAGAAGUAACAAAUUAUCUUCAUAGCCUAGUUACUGAAGUUAAGGCUGCCUGCCAGAUUGUGUGUCCAUCAAGUUCACAGUUUAAAGCUUGGCGUGCAAUAGUUGUCUUGCUG